AUGGCUUCAUCCUUCUCACUUACCCGUCCAAUCGAUCGGAAAUGGUUCGCCGGAUUUCAUAAUCAUCCGUCUGUCGGGAAAUUGACGCCUGGAUCUUGUUCUUCCGCCCAAUUUUGUAUGUAUCGAUUGAACUCCUCCUUUUAUCCUAAAGGCAUGAGAACGUUGGCCGAACCUAUGUUAUCGCGGCCUUUACCGACACAGAACCCAUCAUCCUCGUCAUCUCCUUGGCUUAUGCUGCCGCCCGCCUUUGACGUCGACGCUACUGGCGCCGCCACCAGGAGCUACAAAUUCUACAGCCUCGCCGAAAACAAAAUCGUAACCCUAAGCACCGCAAAAAGCAGCGAAGAAAGAGAAUUAACGAACCCUCUGAUGCAUUUUAGGGGAUCUUCACACGGCUGGGUAGCUUUGUACGACCGCCGUAGCGAGGACGUGUUUCUCUAUAACCCAAUUACCCGUCGUCAUAUAAACCUCCCUCCCUUUCGUCACUUUCCCGAUUACCCUCCAAACGAGAAUGGAGUAUACAAGGUAAUACUCUCGUGCUCCCCGGACCACGAUGCACCAAAUUGUCGUGCUAUCAUGAUCUACAACAACGUACAAGCGCUGCCUUUCUGCUGCCCAGGGUUGAGCAAUGAGUGGACCCGAAUCGGAGAUCACCACUGGUUUGAUGAAGAAAAGGGAGAGGCCUUCUGCACAGGCUACAUAGACUGUGUGUUCUCCAAUAGACACGAAGCAUUGUUUAGCCUCACGAAUAACAUCGGGAAAAACGGGGUGUUGGAAUCUUGGGAUCUUGGGGACAUUGAGUCGCCGAGGGCUGUGAAGAUAGCCGAGGUUAGUUGGAAGGGCGGACGUCUGGGCCUCCCGAGGAGGACAAAGAAAGAUGAGAAGAAGAAGUUGUGGAUGACAAAUGAGCCAAUGGAGCAUUUGGUAGUGGCCGGGGAGGAUCUUCUUGUGGUGACUCAGCAUGUUGUUCAAUCAUUUGAUUUCGAUGGAGUGUAUGUCCAUAGCAGUGGCAAUGAACCGUAUGGCUUUGCCUACGAACGAGGACUUCCGGAUGUGACUGUUGAUUUUGAUGUGCAUAUAUAUGACCCUGAAGAUGGGGGACUUAAGUAUGUGGAAGGUUCGUGUUUGGGUGGUUGGGCUAUUUUUGUCGGCUUCUACAGCGACGCAGUCGCGUUGCGGGCGGCCGAGUUCCCGGAGCUCAAACCCAAUUCCAUUUACUUCACGGAUGCAAUGUUAGAUGCGCUGAUUGACGAUUGCCCAACUGGUGGCCAUGACAUUGGCAUUUUCGAUUACGAGAACAAGACUGUGUCGCCGUGCUAUUUUCCAUGUGAUGCUAAGAACCUGAGAAAGACUUUUCCAGCGCCUAUGUGGUUCUUCUCAAGUCGUGAAUGA